ACGACCUUGCUUGAACAGGAUCUGUUCUAUAGGUUGUACCUCCAAAUCCUUUAUUCUAAAGAGAAAGGGGGAACCAAGCCUGGUUGAUGAAAUGUGGCUAGCUAAGGGGCUAGAGCGUGAGUAGCAUUUGGGCCUGAGAUUGGGCUCAUCAGCGGAGGAUCGUUCUCAACCCACUUGUGGGCUGGGAUGGCCUCUUAGCUUUCUGACAGCAGCUACUCAUCCUAACCCUAAGGAGUCUCGCCGGAAACUUCGUAGAUCAGAAGAUUUGAAGGAUGGGUCAAACAUUUGGGUGCCUGCAAGUAGAUCAGUCAAAUGCGGUUGUGAAGGAGCACUUUGGAAGAUAUGAUUCAGUGAUGGAGCCUGGGUGUCAUUGUGUUCCUUGGUGUUUCGGCUACAGGGCUGCUGGCACCCUCUCUCUGCGUGUCCAACCGAUUGAUGUUCGUUGUGAAACAAAAACAAAGGACAAUGUCUUUGUGACUGUGGUGGCAUCAAUUCAGUACCGAGUUUUGGCUGAGAAAGCUUCUGAUGCUUUUUAUAAGCUUUCAAACACAAAAUCACAGAUCCAGUCCUACGUCUUUGAUGUGAUAAGGGCCAGUGUUCCGAGGUUGACCUUGGAUGCUGCAUUUGAACAGAAGAAUGAUAUAGCCAAAGCAGUUGAGGAAGAGCUGGAGAAGGCUAUGUCUGCAUAUGGCCUUGAGAUUGUCCAGACCCUCAUUGUGGACAUAGAGCCCGAUACUCAUGUGAAGAGGGCUAUGAAUGAGAUAAAUGCUGCUGCAAGGCUCAGGGUUGCCGCGAAUGAAAAGGCUGAAGCUGAGAAGAUACUUCAGAUCAAGAAAGCAGAAGGGGAAGCAGAGUCAAAAUACUUGUCUGGGCUGGGCAUUGCCCGCCAGCGCCAAGCUAUCGUGGACGGGCUAAGGGACAGUGUCCUUGCUUUCUCAGAGAAUGUUCCUGGGACAACGGCGAAAGACAUCAUGGACAUGGUCCUGGUGACACAGUAUUUUGACACGAUGAAGGAGAUCGGAUCAUCCUCAAAGUCAUCUGCUGUCUUCAUUCCCCACGGUCCAGGUGCUGUGAAAGACAUCGCAUCCCAGAUUCGCGAGGGUCUUCUCCAGGCCACUAGUGUUGAACAUGCCUGAAGUCUGAUGAACAACGCCUUCAUAUGAAGAGAUGUUCAAAGGUUGUUGAUAUGCUGACUUCUACUAGUAUCUGUCAUUACUCUGCAUCUAUAUUUUACUUCCUUUUCAUUGACAUUUAGGCGACUGAAGUUUCCUCGUGUUUGUUUUAACAUAGUACCUUAAGAAGAAAGGGGAUUUAUCGAAGGCUUAAAGCUUAUCCG